UACACAUCUGCACUGAGUGUGGGAAAACAUUUAGCCGCAAACUUCAUUUGUUAGAACACAACAGAAUCCACACAGGAGAAAAACCCUUCAGCUGCUCCGUCUGUGACAGAACCUUUACAUGGAAACAGUCAUUGACGCAACAUAUGAGAACGCACAGCGAAGGAAAGCCUUUCAGCUGCUCCGUCUGUGACAAAGCUUACACUUCUAAGGGAAACUUAAUAGAGCACACAAAAGUCCACACAGGGGAACGACCUUUCAAAUGUUCUGUCUGUAACGCAGCUUUUAAAAGGAAGUAUAAAUUAACAGAACAUGAAAGGAUUCACACUGGAGAGAGGCCAUUCAGCUGCUCCGUCUGUAACAAAGCUUUUAUUUCUAAGGGAAACUUGAUAGAACACAACAGAAUCCACACAGGAGAAAAACCCUUCAGCUGCUCCGUCUGUGACAGAACCUUUACAUGGAAACAGUCAUUGACGCAACAUAUGAGAAUGCACAGCGAAGGAAAGCCUUUCAGCUGCUCCGUCUGUGACAAAGCUUACACUUCUAUGGGAUACUUAAUAGAGCACACAAAAGUCCACACAGGGGAACGACCUUUCAAAUGUUCUGUCUGUAACGCAGCAUUUAAAACGAAGAAUAAUUUAACAGAACAUGAAAGGAUUCACACUGGAGAGAGGCCGUUCAGCUGCUCCGUCUGUAACAAAGCUUUUACCUCUAAGGGAAACUUGAUAGAACACACAAAGGUCCACACAGGUAAAAGACCUUUCAGAUGUUCUGUCUGUAAUGCAGCUUUUAAAACUAAACACACUUUAGUAGAGCACAUAAGAACCCACACAGGGGAGAGGCCAUUCAGUUGCUCAAUCUGCAGCCGAACCUUUGUUUACAAGUCAUAUCUUGCCGUUCACAUGAGAGAUCACACUGAAGAAAAACCUUACAGCUGUUCUGUUUGCAAUGCAACAUUCAAAAGGAAAUUUACCUUAGUGGAACACACAAAAACCCACACCGGAGAGAAACCAUACAGCUGCUCGGUCUGUAAGGCAACGUUCAGAUGGAGACAAGCAUUUGUGAAGCACACCGGUACGCAUGCAGGAGAAUGAUCUGUUACCUGCUCAGACUGUGAUCAACGCUUUAGUUAGCUCAACAGGCAUCACUGGGGAAAAAAGAUGUAUACAACAUGAAGUUUUAUGCAUUCAAUCAAAAAUGUAAACCAUUAUGUUAAAGGUCAGGAGGCAUACGGAUCCUGUCCUCACGUAAAAUUAUCUAUCUGGCCUUGGUCGGCUUAUUUACAUCCAUUUAAUUCCCCACAGUUUAUCUUUAUUGUCUUUACUCACAUAUUUUAGCUGAAUUCCCAAUAAUGUUACUCCUGAUACUUUUUUCUGCUUUGGUCGUCAGAAAGUAAAACUAUUUAGAAACCGUGAAGAAAGUUUACUCUACACUUUUGUUUGCAGCCACCCUUGAAGAGGACAUAUUCUUUUAAAUCCUUAUUUUUCACAAUUAAAUUAAUCAGUAGUAAUCUAUAUGAAGUGGAACUGCAUUGCACUGCCCUGUUGUGAGGUGCAUCUGAGAGCAACUCGUUUUAGACUUAUCCACUUACAGCUUCAGUAUGCUCGAGCUUGGACUACAAAAUUGUAGCUAGAAAUAAAAAUGGAAAAUUAUAUUUCAUGCUUGAAACUAGUAUAUUUAUGCACAGUUAUAACUUUAGCUUUAUAAGGCAUGCAGAUUUGACAAAUCUACAGCAAAGGACAAUUUGGAUAAAGAUGAACUCCUUGUUUAAAGGCAUUGGGACUAUAUUUCGUUGUUUGUGUCAUGCAGUGCAUUAUACAUUAGAUGUAUUAUGUCUUUAUCAUUAGAAUUGGAUGAGGAUGAGCAAGGACAUGGAGAGCCCAGGAAAAAACCAUUAAAAUGCUGAACUUGGAGAUCCCUGGAAGUCUGCUCCUUUCACCCCUAACUUAAUUCCGGUUGGAAGGUGAAAAUGAUGACUGGAAAGACGAGCGAGUGGAUUGGCAGCCACAGGAUUAUGUGGAGCAGUAAAUCCACUCGGAGCUCGUGAAACUGCUUGCCGGCUGCACAGACGCCACGUCCCUGGCUAAGAGUUGGAGAUCUUUUAACACUUCUGUUUUCUGGUUCAUCCCUUUUUUGGGGCAGCAAUCAUGAAGUCUUCCGUGCACUACCCACAAACAACUGUCUAUUUUUGUCUCAAAUAAACUGGUUUUAUACGUUUUCAA